AUUGGGUAAUUUUACAAUGGCGUCGUCACCAAACCUAAAUUUGUGAAAGGCCAUAUGAGAGAUAAACACGGUAUUAGUGUUUGUUUAUAGUAAAUGAAGAUCAUACCUAGUGACUAAGAUAUGAUUUAGAACCAGUUAAAGUUUCAAAAUGGCAGAGGGGGAGAAAGAUGAGUUCCUGUUUGACCUGCUACAAAUUGGCUGUAAUUGUAAUGUAGAGGUCAUACCUGUACAACCGAAAAAAGAUACUAAAGUACCAACUUUACCAUUGAAAACGCUACCUAAUGGAAUACCACCAGUUUUACCAGAGUUAAAUGAAGAUUUAGAGAAGUUGUUGACAUGCCUGGAAGAUCUUCCAAUACAUGAUAUUAACAGAGCACAGAGGUUUUGGCCUCGUGAGAAGCAGCCAGAAAGAUUAUAUUCUGUAGAUAUUUGUCCUGUUCAAACAACUAUUCAAGUUGAGAGGAAUCCUACAACAGGACAGCUUAUAGGUUUUAAAGAGAGUUUUAUACCAGAUAUGGGGAAAUCUUCCAAUAAUUCUUUGUCCUUACGUAGAUCUCCAGGAGCUAACUAUCAGGAUAUCCGUGGAAACACAACAAACUAUCCAUUUUGGCCAGGUGGAAUGGAUGAACCCAUCUUAGAGAAUUUAAAUCAAGAGGAGAGCCAGAUGGAAAUCAACCUGACAACAGAUUUAUUAAACACAGCACCUAAUAUGCCCUCUGGUAUGACCUUUGAGAAUAAGAAAACAGACUCAGUAGAAGUUUUGCCGGUUAAGUCAGAAAUUAAACUCACUACAUUGGUUGACAUUAUGGCACUAGAUGAUAUUGAUGACCUUGACCUGGGUGAUAGUGAUGACGAGGAUACAAACGACUCUAUCACUGAACAGAACAUUAUAGAUGAUGAUGGCAAACCAAAGGAUGAAAUGCUGGAAAAUCUUGUUCAGGUUGUUAAGGAAGCAGAUGAAGAUAAAGUAAAAUUACCUCCACCUAAACCUAAAGAAUGGGCUGUAUGUGUUGAUACUAAAUCACCAGUUGAUGAUUUCUAUAAAAAAAUACCUGUUAUGGCAAAAACUUGGCCAUUUGAACCAGAUGUAUUCCAGAAACAAGCUAUAUUACAUUUGGAGAGUAAUGAUAGUGUAUUUGUAGCAGCUCAUACCUCGGCUGGUAAAACAGUUAUAGCUGAAUAUGCAAUAGCUCUAUCUUUAAAACAUAUGACCAAGACUAUUUACACAUCACCUAUUAAAGCACUCUCAAAUCAGAAGUAUCGAGAUUUUAAACAGACUUUUAAUGAUGUUGGUCUGGUAACUGGUGAUGUACAGUUAAACCAAACAGCCUCCUGUUUAAUCAUGACUACAGAAAUUCUAAGAUCUAUGUUAUAUAACGGUUCUGAUGUGAUUCGAGAUUUAGAAUGGGUUAUAUUUGAUGAAGUUCAUUAUAUUAAUGAUUCUGAGAGAGGUGUUGUUUGGGAAGAAGUAUUAAUUAUGUUACCAGACCAUUGUAAUGUCAUACUACUUAGUGCUACUGUACCUAAUACUGUGGAAUUUGCUAACUGGGUGGGACAAAUAAAACGUAAGAAGAUAUAUGUUAUAAGUACACAGAAGAGACCAGUACCAUUAGAACAUUAUUUAUAUACUGGUAAUAGUAAUAAAACUAGUAAUGAACUAUUUCUACUCAUUGAUGAUAAGGGAAACUUCUUAACUACUGGAUAUAAAAAAGCAUUAGAAGCUAAGAAAGAGAGAGCUAGUAAAAGAUCUCAAAAUUUUGGUGCUAAAGUAAACAGGGGAGCUAAUCCAUCACAGGAAAAGAAUAUUUGGUUAUCUGUUAUUGAGAUGUUAAAAUCUAAGGAUCAACUUCCAGCUGUAGCCUUUACUUUCUCUAAGAAGAAAAUAGAUGAUAAUGCCUACCAUUUGCAGAGUUUAGAUCUGACUAGUUCUAGUGAGAAGAAUGAGAUACAUGUCUUCUUUCAAAAAUCUAUUAAUAAAUUAAAAGGUUCAGAUAAAUCUUUACCACAAGUAAUUUUAAUGGCUGAUAUGUUGAGGAGAGGAGUAGGAGUACAUCACAGUGGUAUUUUACCUAUAUUAAAAGAAGUUGUAGAAAUGUUAUUUGGUCGAGGUCUUGUAAAGAUUUUGUUUUCUACUGAAACAUUUGCUAUGGGUGUGAACAUGCCUGCUAGAACUGUUGUAUUCGACUCUAUAAGGAAACAUGAUGGUACAAACUUCCGUAAUUUACUACCAGGUGAAUAUAUACAGAUGGCAGGUAGAGCUGGACGACGUGGUUUAGAUACAACUGGUACUGUUAUCAUACUGUGUAAAGGUGACGUACCUGAAGCUGCCGAACUUCAUAAAAUGAUGUUGGGUAAGCCUACAAAAUUAGAAUCUCAGUUCCGAUUAACAUAUUCCAUGAUAUUAAAUCUACUUCGAGUGGAACAGCUACGUGUGGAGGACAUGAUGAAAAGAAGUUUUUCAGAAUUCCACGCCCAGAAAGAUGUAUCACAACAUAAAGAAGCUUUAGCAACACUUAAUAAAAGUAUAGCUGUAAUUAAAGAUAUACAGUGUUUUACAUGCUGUGUUGAUUUAGAGAAAUACUUUGAAGCUUGUAGUGAUUAUUUGAAAUUAAAGAGAGAUUUACAGUUGUUAAUUCUGACUCAUCCUAUAGCCAUUAAAUCGCUAAGCCCUGGUAGAAUAAUAAUAAUAAACAAUUCACAAUUAAGAUUUGCACUUGGGGUUAUACUUAAUACGUAUACCGGAACUCAUAAUGAACGACUGUUCACGGUGCUGGUGCUAAGUGAGAAAGGAGUAGACUAUACAUCAGAGGAUAUUAAGUCUGUUAAUAAUAGUAUUAAAGUAACACCAGUGUUAACGAAAAAGUUGUAUGAGCCGGAGGGACCUAGCUGGCAUUCUCUAGCUACUAUACGAGGAGAUGAUAUAGAUGUUAUAACAGUUAAAACAAUUAAAGUUGAACCAGACAAGAUUAUAAGUGAUGUUAAAAAAAGACAACAAGAUCGAUUUAAAGAUAAUCCUCCGAGUAAAUCUGUAUCAGUCGUAGCUCAGGAAUUAAUACGUUUAACGCAAGCUAAUCCUCAAGGAUUAAAAGGUUUAGAUCCUGUGAAAGAUUUCCGUAUAAAAGAUAUAGAUUAUAUGGAACAGUUCCGUUCUCUACAGUUCCUGGAGGAGAGUUUCGGUGAAUAUAAUUGUGUCCAUUGUCCAGUCUUUCAUGAACAUUUUGAACAAAUCCGAGGUAAUAUGGAAUUAAAGAAUGAAUAUAAAAGAUUGGUACAUUUAUUAUCUGAUGAUAGUUUGAUAUUAUUACCUGAAUAUCAACAACGAAUGGAGGUAUUACGUUCAUUGAAUUAUACAAAUGAUCAGAAUACUGUACAGUUAAAAGGACGAGUUGCUUGUGAAAUUAGUACACAUGAAUUGAUUAUAACAGAACUAGUGUUUGAGAAUGUAUUAACUGAUCUUCAUCCGGCUGAUAUAGCGGCCAUCUUAUCUUGUAUGGUAUUUGAACAAAAACGAUGCAGUGAGCCAAAUUUAACAACUGAACUAGAAAAGGGUCGAAACCAUAUUUUAAAAAUAGCUGAGAAUAUUAGUAAGUUACAGAAGGAGCAUGGUAUACUAACAGCUGAAGAUUAUGCUGAAAGGUUUAAAUUUGGUUUAAUGGAAGUUGUGUUUGAAUGGGCUAGAGGACUGCCUUUUUCUGAGAUUACUAAAUUAACCGAUGUUCAAGAAGGAAUUAUAGUACGAUGUAUCCAGCGCCUUCAUGAAACUCUACGCGAUGUUCGAAAUGCAGCUAGAAUAAUUGGUGAUCCAGUCUUAUAUCAGAAGAUGGAAGAAGCAUCAAAUAUUAUAAAACGAGAUAUUGUUUUUGCUGCUAGUUUAUAUACUCAAUAAAAUCUCUUUAUUAUUUUAUACUUAAAAUUGACUCUAUAGAUUGAAUCUGGGAGAUUUAAUACAUUUCUCCUUUGAUUGAUUUAUAUAUAAAUUUGUCAAUUCCGAGAACGCUGUUUAGAGCGCCUCUAGCAUUCCAAAUUCCAACAUAAAAACCUUUAAAAUACAUGAUAAUGAAAGAGACAAAAGCCUGAUUAUUCACAAAUGAAUAGACAGGGCUGGCGGAAGCAAUUCUUGAUUGGGGGGGCUUCCAUCCUAGGUCCUUAUAGGCAUGGGUCCAGGGGCCACAAUAACCUGGGCAGGGUACCAUUUGUAUACCCUGGUACCCAAGUUCCGGCGCCCCUGGAACAUUGUGAAUAACCCCACCCACUACUUUCUAAACAUAUUAAAUAAUACAGUGUUAAAGCAUCUUUUAUACAUUUACUCAAAAUUAUAAAAUGUCUCUUUUAUUCAAUCAGCUAUUGAAGAUGAAUUAUAUUUGUUAUGUCAUUUUAUUCCUAAUGAAAAUCUUUCUUCAGUAGUCCAGUUCGUGCAGAAUAGUAGAACUUUAUAAAGUCCAUUUUAUUUUAUAUUGUAAUGAAAACCUACUCAUUCAAUAUAUAUUGUAGAAAAACAAACUUUGUAGAGUAGUGGAUAUCUUCGGUGGUUGAUUGAUCAAAGUUAGAUAUUGUUACAAAAAUAAAAUACAGUAAUAUAGAAUCCAUGCCAACUGAAUUAUUAUGUUUUGUAUGGGUUUCAGAUGAAGCAUAUGUCUGUAGAAUUUCUUGUUAAAUAAACAUACUUAAUUAUAAAUAGAUAGUUAUAACACAGGCCUGUUGGAAAGGAUGGUUGAUAAAAUUGAAUUUUGAGCAUAUAAUUGUUAAUCUUUUGAACAUACAUUUUGCAAGAGCUAAAUCUGCCUAUUGCAGGUCUUUCUUUAGGCCUUAAAUGUUAUCUAAAUUAUUAAUUAGACAUUAAUUAACUUAUCCAGACCAUAAUCAACUCUCGAUGUCAUCAUUAGUCUGCGAUGGUUACUGGAUUUGAAUUUGAUCUGCUGCUCAACGCUCAUUGAUCAAAAAAUGAAUAAUCUUAGUUUAGAGUGGAUCAAUUUGACUGAAAUUUUCAGCAAAUCACCUUUACAUUAUCUAGUUUUUAACUAUUAUUGGGAGAACUGCCAGCUCUUUAUCUAAUCUCCCAUAAUGUAUUUAAAAGUAAUUUGUUGUUGAUACACGUAUGUGUUUUGUUGUUGCUACAUGUAUGUUGUUGAUGCAUGUAUGUGUAUUGGUGUUGAUACCUGUAUGUAUUUUUUUUUGUAUGUGUUUUGUGGUUAUUAUGUUCGAUAAGAUAUAAAGGUGUUGGUGAUUGGCACAUAGUGCUAAAUUUUGGGCACUCUAAUAAAUACAUUAUGCCAUAACACUACAGUAUAGAGAAUGGAUGAUAGUUUGGCUGGGGGCGUAGUGGGAUAUGCUUAUAUUGAUAUUCAAAUACUUAUUAUUGGUGCUUCUUUAAUAUAACCUUAAUAUAUUAUUUUAAGGCAAGUCCAUUUUUGCGACUUAGGAUGUCUCAAUUAAUUAUGAAUGAAUUUGAAUUCCAUUGGUGUAAAGUACAUAUAGCAAACACUGGCUUUAAGUACAUACCAUUUUUAUAUGGUCAUUUUAUGUGCCCUUUAAUAUAUUAUUACAGAUAUAGUUAGACCUGAGAAUUAGUGGGUCGUUUUAUUCUAAACAUUGUUGAGGAUAUAUCCUUGAAUACAAGCAGAUGUAAAACCCAUAGCAGCUAAAAUAUGUUAUUUUGUGUUAUUACAAUUUAUUUACAAAAUCAUGAUAGAUUAAACUGAAAUGUUCUAAUUAUAAGCUAAUUGUAUAUUUGUUAUAUUUUUGAUGAACUAGUUGUUUCUGUGUGGUAAUUUAUCAGGGGUUGACUUCAAUAUUUCUAUAAUUCUAUAGUUAUACAUGUGUAUGCCAGCAGUCUUUGUCUACAUUAGGUUUUUAUUUAUUGUCAAUUAAAUCUUCUAUUACAAAGAGUGAUAUAUUAUAUUUAUAUUUGAGCAGUCACAGAACAAAAUGACCAGGUGGGAAUAAUUAUAAAAGAACAAAAAUAAAAAUUAUGACUAAAAUUGAGGGAAACAAAAAAAUGAUACAUGCCCUUUAAGACAGUUGUUAAUCAGUCCCUAUGAUUGAACAAAACAGGAAAGUUAUCAGGGGUACACUAAAUUACAUAUCUGGAAAACAUACUUAGAUAAAAUAAAUUCCCCGAAAAUUUGUUAUAUUGCUAUAGCUAUUUUCACAAUUGUUUAUAUUUAAAAAGAUUUCUUUCUGCAGAUAAUCACAGAUGACCAAUCAGAACAUUUUUCAUAUAUAUAUCACAAAAGUCAAAAUUAUAUAUGAUUUUCAUGCAAAAACUAUCCUUAUUAUCUAAUUAGGAAUUUGAAUAUUGAAAACCUCCAGGACAAAUGGACUGGCUUGUAGAAUUAUUACUAAUAUUUCUAUCGAAGACAUACAGAGGAAGAAAAUCUAACAGAAAUCUAAACAUUUAUAUUUCUCAAAAGAAUCUAAUGUGUGACUGCCCUGUUGAAUAUUUUAGAUUAACAUAGAACACUUUAACUAGAAUGACAUUUGCUCAAAAUUGACUGUGGCUAAUUUAAAAUUAUUAUCUAAUAGACAAUGCAGGAAAACUGAUCAAUAAGUCAUAGACAGAACAAACAACACACCUAAAUUGCACAGACAAUAAAAAAUCUUGAAAAGAAACCCAUUGAGCCAUAAUGAAAAGCUUUAAUAUCUAAUCAGGAUUGGUUAUAAUGACUUUAUUCAUUAAAUAUAUUAUUUAAUAUAUUGUAAAUAAAAAUAAUGUACAUUUAUAGAUAUAUAUAUAUAUGUAAAUGAAAUCAUGAAGUUUGCUUUAUUGAAAAUAAAAUUGAUUUAUCAGAAA